AGCAUUAUAUUUUUGAUCCUACGUCAAAAAAUUAUAAGUUCAGAUAAAUCGACACACUAUAUAAAGACAUUUCAAUCGUCAUAUUUUAUUACGUAAAACACUUUAAUAUCUUCUUAAUACUCUCUUAUAAUUAUGAGUUCUCCAAAGUCUUUACAUGGUGUGAACUAUGCACCACCACGUAGCUUUAAGACUGUUCUUAAAGCAAAUGUCAAAGAAACACUAUUUCCAGAUGAUCCAUUUUAUGAUUUCAAAAAUGAAAAAUUAUCUAAAAGAAUUCUAAAAGGAAUUCAAUAUUUUAUACCAAUUUGUCAAUGGUUACCAAAAUACAAAUUUGGGUUAUUUAUGUAUGAUCUUCUUGCUGGAAUUACAAUUGCUAGUCUUGCAAUUCCACAAGGAAUAAGCUAUGCAAAACUAGCUGAACUUCCUCCGAUUAUUGGACUCUACUCGAGUUUUGUUCCCCCUCUAAUUUAUGCUAUUUUUGGGAGUUCAAAACAUCUUGCUGUUGGAACAGUAGCAACUUGUUCAUUGAUUAUUGCUGAAGCAGUUCAACAAAAAGUUAAGCCUGAAGACAAUAUGGAAUUGUAUGUUAGUUUGUUUUACACUGCUGCCCUUAUAUCUGGUUUGCUACAAACAGCUUUGGGGGUACUAAGGCUUGGAUUUUUGGUGGAUUUUCUAUCACAUUCAACAAUUACUGGAUUUAUGGGAGGGACAGCAUUAAUUAUUUGCUUACAACAAUUAAAAGGCAUGCUUGGAUUGAAGCAUUUCACUAGUCGUACUGAUGUUUAUCAUGUUUUACGUGCUGUAAUUGAAAAUAGAAAAGAGUGGACAUGGCAAUGUGCAGCUGUUGGAGCAUUCUUCCUUGCUUUCCUACAAUUAUCUAGAUAUGUGAGAAAGAAGAAACCAAGUCUAUUUUGGGUUUCAGCCAUUUCUCCAAUAAUUGUUGUUGUAGCUGGCUGCCUUUUUGCAUAUUUUUUCAAUGCUGAGAAACAUGGCAUAGCUAUUGUGGGAAAAUUGAAUAAAGGCAUUAAUCCAUCCUCCAUUCAUCUUAUAAAUUUUAGUCCAGAAUACUUACCUAAUGUUGUAAAAGCAGCUAUCAUUACAGCUAUGAUUGCAAUAGCAGAAGGGAUAGCUAUUGGGAGGAGUUUUGCUAUAAUGAAUAAUGAUCAAAUUGAUGGUAACAAAGAGAUGGUAGCCAUUGGACUUAUGAAUAUUGUUGGCUCUUUAACUUCUUGCUACUUAAGUACAGGGCCAUUUUCAAAAACAGCAGUGAACUAUAAUGCUGGAUGCAAAAGCCAAAUGUCAAAUGUAGUAAUGUCAUUGUGCAUGUUGCUAACUUUGUUGUUUUUGGCACCACUUUUUGGCUACACACCACUUGUUGCCUUGGCUGCUAUUAUCAUGUCAGCUAUGAUUGGGUUAUUGGACUAUGAAAAAGCUGUUCACCUUUACAAGACUGACAAAUUUGAUUUCUUGAUUUGUAUGGUUGCUUUCUUUGGUGUUGCUUUCAUUAGCAUGGACAUGGGACUCAUCCUUUCGGUUGGACUUGCCUUGAUAAGGGCACUAUUAUAUGUUGCUAGGCCACCAACAUGCAAACUUGGAACCAUAACAAAUACAGCAUUUAGAGACAUAGAACAAUAUCCUGGUUCUAAUGAAACUCCAGGAAUGUUAAUUUUGAAACUUGGUUCACCAAUUUAUUUCCCUAAUAGCAAUUAUGUUAGAGAAAGGAUUCUAAGAUGGGUUCGAGACGAGCAAUCUCUUGAAAAUUCACAAAGAAAUGAGAUUGAAUACUUGCUACUUGAUUUUGGAGGUGUUACAUCAAUUGACAUUACUGGUGUUGAAACUUUAAAAGAACUUCGUAGAUGCCUAGCUGCAAAAAACAUCAAGAUUAUAUUGAUUAAUCCAAGAUUAGGGGUGAUGGAAAAAUUAAUUACAACAAAAUUUAUUGAUUUGCUUGGGAAAGAAUCAAUAUUUUUAACAAUUGAAGAAGCAAUUGAAAAUUGCAGUUUUUCACUAAAUUCUUCAAGUCAGGAAAAAAGAGAAGAUUUGGAAAUUGCUUAGUCUACAAGGAAAUUCAUUAAUUAGUAUUUUAUUUAUUUAAAAUAAUAGGAAAAGAAAUAGUUUUAAUUUCUUUUUUUAGUGUUUCUUUUUCUUCUUUUUUUUAACUUUUUUCCAUUAGUUUGGUUAGAAUAAAUUUUGUAGCUUUGAUUUUUAAUAGAUUUAUUGUCUUUUUCUUUUAAGUAUAAAUAAAAUUCAUUUUUUUAGCACGUCUUUUCAUAUAUAUUAGCAAAAAAUAAAAUUAAGAGGGUGAUAUUAUAUGUCGAUGUUCUUUGAUAAGCUUGACAACAAGUAAAAAAUUUUCUCCACUUUUAAUUUUUUUAAGCCCAUUUGCUAAGAUCAAAGUUAAUAUUUUUGAUGGCCACUCAAUUUAUCGAAAUUUUUUUUUUUGAAAGUAACUUAACUUUGAUUUUCAACUCAAAAUCAACUAACUAUAGAUUUUUUUUUUACAGAAAAAUCACUUAACCUAUUUAGUUGUUUUUUCCAUUAAAAUUUACUGAUAUGGAAUUUAUUUAUAACCAAAAUUUUAAAAACUAAAUAUAUAUAUUCAUUUAAAGACUCGCUUCACUUGACCCGACUCACUGAAAAUAUAAUAUUCGACCCUUUUUUUAAUUCUUAUUCUCUUAAUUAUUCUUUUUUUUUCUCCCUAUAGGUUAAAAAAAAAUAGAACGCAAAUGUGAAGACAGAAUAAUUUACUUUGUUUCAAGAUAAUACAAAGUAAAUACCAAUUUAGGACAAAGAAUUCAAGUCAAAAAACUUAUUCAAGCUUGAAUUUGAAAACAUAUACAAAAUAGUAUUGUGAUAAUUAGUCAAUAUACAAAAAUAUAAGUACUCAAUAUGUGAAAAAUUUAUAAUUAAACCGGAACAUGAUUAAGGUAA